AAGCCUAUUCACUCUAUUUUUCAAUCCACACCACCAUCUAAAAGCCACCGACCCCACGUCGUUAUAAACAAUUUCGAUCACGAAUCUCUUUUUCACUUCAAAAAAGAAACGUAUCUUUCCCUUCCUAAAAUUCACAACGUAUCUGCAUAAAUAUCGACCAGCUGAUUGUUGUUUCCUCUUAGUCGCAACGUUGGUCUAAUCCAGCAAUGGAUGUUGAACAAUCAGAUAAUGCAGUUUUAGCUUCUUAUGUCACACCUAAUUCCACAGUUUCUCAGCAGAAUGAGAUUUUUUCUCUUGAAGAUCUUGCGUGGGUUGAUUCAUGCCUGAAUAACGAUUUUGAUACUUCAGAAAGUGAUUGGAUACCUAUGAGGAAUGCUUUAUUAGAAAUUAUCAGUUCCGAAUCUCAAUCUUCUAAAGUUGAUGGUGGAGAUGGCAAUCAAAGUAUUCCUUCUAGUGAGGAGUCAAAUACUACUUUCCAACUCAAUCAGUCAUCUUCGACUUCUGAUGUAGAGCACUUACAAAGUCGUUCUUCGACUUAUAAUGUUAGCCUAAUAAGUAUGGCUACAGAAACAAGCAUAGACACUGAAUUCACUGAUAGCUUGUCUUCUUCAACUUUUCAAGGAAAUCCUUUUUUGCCAACUUAUAAUGAAGACCUGAGACCGAACAAAACAUUUGAUUUAGGACUUGACCUUGGUUCUGCAACUUAUGAGAUGGAUCAGACAUCUGAGAAUAUCUUCAAAUUCUGGGAUAUGGGUUAUGCAACUGAUGAGAGUGAGCAGGCAUCUGAGAGUAUCUUCAAAGUCUGGGAUUUGGACAUUCCAUCUGAGGAAGGUGAACUUGUUAAAGAGUUGAAAAAAGCUCUAUCAAAGAAUUCUUUGCGAAAGGACAUGAAGGAAGAAUCGCUUGAUGAUCUUAUUGCUGGCAUUGCUGAUUUGUCUUUAAAUAAGAAAGUUUAAUUUUCUUGCUGAUUUGUUUUAAAUAAGAAAGUUUAAUUUUCUUUAUUUUAUUUUCAGUUAGAUCUUAGUCCGUCUAUUUUAACUUUAUUUAAGUAUUAGCAUUAGAAGUUCAAAGCUACUCAUUCCCUUCGGUGAAUUUACUUUUUAUCUAGAACAAUGAUUAUGAGACUUCUAUUCAUAAGAGCAUAGUGUUCGAUGUACAUA